AUGUCAGCCGCUAUCAGAUCAUUGGUCACGUCCAAGUUAUUGAACAACACUAACUUUCUCACUCACUUCAAUGGCGGCCAGCAGAUCAUUUGGGUAUCCAAAAGGGAUUUCUCUGUCUAUGACUACUACAAGAAGGGUCGCCCCCAGAUCGCGAUCGAGAAGCCCCCCAACCCGCAGACUGGCGAAGGAGGAACAUAUACGCAAAAGGCAAUUCCGCCAAAGGUUUGGGUUCCGCUGCAUUUUCAGUCGGCCAUUCAGGCCGCCCACGCCUUUGUUGAAGAGCACGCGGAGGAGCUGAAGAAGACGGAUACGAUUGAGAAGCCUUCCUCGUUGUCCAGAUCCAUAGGACCGUCAAACGAGGGCUAUGUCGUCAAAAUGUUUUGGUAUAUCAUGGGCCCUCCCCUCGAGUUUGCCCUGGAGCAGGUCAAGUUGCCGGGCAAGUGGCAUAUGACGUUGAAGCCGGAAGAUCCCUACGGCAGCAAGGCCACAGAAGACUUCGUCAAAUGCGACAUAGUCUUAAAGCUAGCGUACGACGGCAAACAUGUCCGCGACCUAGCCGUUCUUGAUCUGAAGGCGGCUAAGAACAUCUCCCUCUCUAGAAUGAGCUUCGGAAAAGCCAAGUCACAGUUCGAGACAUACGACGAGGCCUUGAAAAGUUGCUCAGCCACAGACGAUACUAAGUUCAAGGGGGCAGCAGGAAAACUGGUAAAGCAGGGCACCGCGUAUGCCGAACACACCAAAGUCCACGACAUCGCUUUCUUUGACUGGUUUGAGUUGUUGGUUCUGGAGCUGUCGGACAUGAAUAUCUCUUCCGCGGCGCCGAGGCCUGUCCCGACAGCCGGGCUCGUCUGCAAGGCAGAGGUAAUUGAUAGUGACAUUGAGCACGCGAUUCUUGGCUUCUUCCUCAAAGCUGUCAACAAGUGGAAGGCAGCCAACCCGAACGGGAGCCCGCCACCCUCUAGAUCGACAACCCCGAUUCCGGAAAAGAAGUAG